AUCAAUGAAGUAGUAAAAGGGGGGAACAUCUGUGACAGAGGAGAAGGAAAGGUUUUCAGAAGAAGCCUUUGAGAGAGGGUUUGUUUUGGCUGGGUUCCCUUCUUUUAUUUACUGAAUUCCAGAGGUGACCAAUACACAGAAGUGAAAAUGAAGUUCAUCAUUGGUAUCGGAGGAGUGACCAACGGUGGGAAGACCACUUUGACAAAUAGACUACUUAAGACAUUACCCAACUGUUGUGUGGUGCAUCAGGAUGACUUUUUCAAGAAACCCGAUCAAAUAGAAGUCGGGGAGGACGGCUUUAGACAGUGGGAUGUGAUCUCUGCCCUGGACAUGGAGGCUAUGAUCAGCACUGUGAAAGGCUGGCAGGAGAACCCAGUCAAGUUUGCCCGCUCACACGGCGUCAGCCUGUCACCUGAAGCUGAGGAAGCCGACUCAGAAGGGAUCCAUAUUCUCAUUGUGGAGGGCUUCCUCAUCUACAACUACAAGCCUCUAAUUGACGUCUAUGACAAAUGUUUCUACAUUUCCAUUCCUUAUGAGGAGUGCAAAAGGAGGAGAAGUACAAGGACAUACACAGUCCCUGACCCCCCAGACCUGUUCGAUGGCCAUGUCUGGCCCAUGUACUUGAGACACAGGAAGGAGAUGGAGAACAACUGUGACAGAAUAGAGUACCUUGAUGGGAUGACAUCGAAGGAAAAUAUCUACAACAAAGUAUAUGAAAGUGUUCAGAACUCCGUACUGAACACCUUAUAGCAAGAUGGGGAUAGCAGUGGAUAUGUGUAUAGACUUGUAAAUAUAAUUUUGCGUCAAUGUGUAACACCAGUUCUGUGCUUCUAGCCGGAUUUGUAAAUAGUUAAUCCUGUAACUUAUUAAGAACUAAUGGCAGAAGUGUUUUGUAUAAUCCUGUGUAACUUUUUUCUAAAAGAUAAGCCACCUCUGGACUUCCCAGUGUUUAACAUCAAGGACACAUCUUGUUUUAUGUGAAAGCAUAAAUUGCCCACUGGGAGGAAAGAUUUGUGUCUCGCAACUUAAUGAAACUACUGAAUCCA